AUGUGCCUAGUCACUUUCUCAAUAUAUCGUCAGCAGAACUGGGCUCUCAUCUCUUUCUCGGCCGCUGCAGCUUUCUCAAUACCCUACUUCACAUUCCAAUUCUUCCGAAACCGCCAGCGACAAGAGCUGCUGCUUUCCAAAAGAAGGGAUCAACUACUGGCGCUUUCUUCUAUACCCUCGUUUCCUCUCUUUGUGGCUGCGCAGACCCAUGCAUGCAAAGAUGCUGCCAAAAUCGCAAUUAUCGAUAGGACAAAAGGUCAAAGCUUCACGUACACACAGCUCCUGGCGGAUGUUUCCGCCUUCAAGAAGCUGAUUCUGGAGACGUUGGAACCUGAGCGCGAGGGAGAUUUGGAUGAGAGACGCAUUGCAUUUCUGACACCCGCGGGAUAUGACUAUGUUGUGUGUCAAUGGGCGGUAUGGGCUGCUGGCGGCGUAUGCGUGCCAUUGUGCACAACCCACCCGCCAAAGGAACUCGUAUAUACAAUCAGAGACUCAGAGCCAUCCCUGAUAAUCCUGCAUCCAUCGUUCGCCCACCUAAAAGCUGCCCUCCAAAAAUCCACCCCGCACAUCCCGUUCUUCAACCUUACCCCAUACACCGAAUCCAACCCCCCACCAUCUCUCCCACCCUUUCACGCCCCCUUCUCCCAGUGCAGACGGGCGUUAAUUAUCUACACAUCCGGAACAACCUCAAACCCCAAAGGCUGCGUCACAACCCACAAAAACAUAACUUUUCAAUCCACCUGUCUGGCCCAGGCAUGGCAAUAUACACCGUCCGACCACCUCAUCCACGUCCUACCCCUCCAUCACGUCCACGGCAUCAUCAACGGCCUCACAGCCUCCCUCCUCAGCGGCGCAACGGUCGAAAUGCACCCCAGCUUCGACCCGGGUCUGGUAUGGGAACGAUGGUCCGAUAGGGGUUCGUCGACGAUGUUCUUCGCCGUCCCCACCGUCUACUCGCGGCUGGUUGAUUACUUCGAUACGCACAUCCGAUCGACAGAGUUGGAGAAGAACGCAAGGAGCGGCGCGCAGGCGUUACGGUUAGUCGUUAGCGGUUCCGCUGCGCUGCCUACGCCCAUCAAGACGAAGUUCGCGGAGAUCACGGGGCAGGUGUUGUUGGAGAGGUAUGGGAUGACGGAGAUUGGGAUGGGGAUCAGCUGUGGGUUAGAUGUUGAGACGAGGAUUGAUGGGAGCGUGGGGUGGCCAUUGCCGGGCGUGCAGGUGCGGUUGACGGAUAGGGAUACGGGUAGGGUUUUGGCGGAUGGCGACGAGGAGGCGGGCAUGAUUGAGGUUAAGGGGAAGAAUGUGUUCUUGGAGUACUGGGGGAAGCCUGAGGCGACCGUGCGGGAGUUUUCGGGGGAUGGUUGGUUUAAGACGGGCGAUGUGGCGAAGAGGGAUGGGACGGGUGCAUAUUUUAUUCAGGGAAGGGCGUCGGUUGAUCUUAUUAAAUCGGGAGGGUUCAAGAUUUCGGCGCUGGAGGUCGAGAGGAAGAUGCUUGCGUUGGAUGUUAUUCAGGAGGUGGUCGUUGUGGGACUUGACGAUGAGGAAUGGGGGCAGAGGGUUGCUGCAGUUGUUAAGCAGAGACCUGGGACAGUUCCGCUCGAGUUGGUACCUCUGCGUACACAGUUGAAGGAGGAGAUGGCGUCCUAUAAGAUUCCGACCGUCCUGAAGCUUGUUGACCAUAUCGAUCGCAAUGCGAUGGGCAAGGUGAAUAAGAAGGAGAUCAUCAAGUCGUACUGGCCGGAUCAUGCAUGA